CCUGCGGCAGCCGCUUGCCGCGGGACCGUGCACGGGGCUGAGGUGCUGGCGACCCACCCCGCCCUCACCAGUCUGUGGCAGAAUGGGCCCCUGGGGGCGCAGCUGCGGCGGGGAGCCCGUCUCCUCGGGGCCCGAGAGCACAGAGCUGGGCAGCCGAGUGACGACGGUGGAGGCCGUGGCCUGGUCCUCAGACGACGUGGACCGAGAGCCCGGCCCCUCCCCGCCUGGCUGGAGGCGGAGCUUCCCAGCAGGGUGACCGCUGCGCUGGCGCCCCUGCUGCAGCCGGAGUGGGGCAGAGCCUGGCCGUGACCCUCUGCCCGCCCGCAGGCUGAGCCGGUUGGGCCCGGGGGUGCUGAGCCCAGCUGGGGGUGUGGGGGGGGUUUCCCUCCGCGUCCUCCUGGCCCUGGGCCGGACCCACGGGGUGGCAGGUCACAGCCCCUUGGCAGCAACCCCUGUCUGCUCAGUACCCCGCCUCCCUGUCACCCUGCUUCUGGCAGCGCUGAGGGUGCCUGGAUGUGGUCCUGCCACAUGGGGGCACAGCCAGGCUGAGGGGAGGCCCCCGCUUCCCCCCGUCUUCAGACGCAGCUGUUGCAACGUCUUGGCUGGCCGUGGGGUCCUAGGCGGCUGCCCGCCGCUGCCGGCCUCCUGAUGGGGCUGGGCUAUGCCGCUCCUGUCCUGGCUCCCUAAGAUGGGAAUUGGGGAGCGGAUCAGCUCCACCAGUCCCCCCAGGACGCUGCUGUGGACCCCUGUGGGGGCCAGGGCUGACCUGUGGCUGUGUCUCUUCAGGGCUGUGGAUCGGGCCUCACCUGGCCAGCAGGCCGGGGUCCACGGAGAGGGGGGCUGUCCCCGCAGUCCGCGCCCCGGGGCUCGCGCGUGGGGUUGGUGUCCCGGGUGGGCGCGGCUCUUUUCCCGCCUCCCUGCCACGCCCAACCGUCUUCGGAGCAUCCCACGCUGAUGACUCCCGGCGGGCGACCCGGAUACCCCAGCAGGGGAGCCUCCCCGCGGGCUGGUGCCCCGGUUUGGGGGCCCCGUGACGCGCGCGCGCCUCCCCCGCAGGUCCGCACGCCCAGCAUGGACCCGGACCCGCAGGCGGGCGUGCAGGUGGGCAUGCGCGUGGUGCGCGGCGUGGACUGGAAGUGCCAGCAGGACGGCGGCGAGGGCGGCGUGGGCACGGUGGUGGAGCUCGGCCGCCACGGCAGCCCCUCGACGCCGGACCGCACGGUGGUCGUGCAGUGGGACCACGGCACCCGCACCAACUACCGCGCGGGCUACCAGGGCGCGCACGACCUGCUGCUCUUCGACAACGCCCGGCGGCGCCCCGCCCCGCCGCCCCCCGCAGGCGUCCGCCACCCCAACAUCAUCUGCGACUGCUGCAAGAAGCACGGGCUGCGGGGCAUGCGCUGGAAGUGCCGCGUCUGCUUCGACUUCGACCUCUGCUCGCAGUGCUACAUGCAGGACCGGCACGACCUGGGCCACGCCUUCGAGCGCUACGAGACGGCCCACUCGCGCCCGGUGGCACUGAGUCCCCGCCAGGGCCUCCCGCGGAUCCCGCUGAGGGGCAUCUUCCAGGGGGCAAAGGUGGUGCGAGGCCCCGACUGGGAGUGGGGCUCGCAGGACGGAGGGGAAGGCAAGCCGGGCCGCGUGGUGGACAUCCGCGGCUGGGACGUGGAGACCGGCCGGAGCGUGGCCAGCGUGACCUGGGCGGACGGCACCACCAACGUGUACCGCGUGGGCCACAAGGGCAAGGUGGACCUCAAGUGUGUGGGCGAGGCGGCCGGCGGCUUCUAUUACAAGGACACCUCCCAGGCUCGGUAAGGGCUGCCCGGCCUCUGCCCCGGCAAGCCGGCCGAGCUGCAGCGCAGGGUGAGCGCCGACGGCCAGCCCUUCCCGCGCGGGGACAAGGCCAAGUGUCCGCCGGACACAGAUGCCCGCAGGGAGACACAGGAAGGCCACGGCGGGCGGACCCCCAGGGCGGCGGAGUCCCGGGGUGGGCGGGGCCUGCCCGGCCGCCGCCUCGCCUCUGGGGGGUUCGGGGAGGACCCCCGGCCGCCCUCACGCGCCUCUCUCAGCCCCCGCUCCUUCCGAGUGGGCGACGUGGUGCGGGUGAUCGACGGCCUGGACACGGUGAAGCGGCUGCAGGCGGGGCACGGCGAGUGGACGGACGACAUGGCCCCGGCCCUGGGCCGUGGGAAGGUGGCGAAGGUGUUCGGAGACGGGAACCUGCGCGUGGCGGUCGGCGGCCAGCUGUGGACCUUCAGCCCCUCCUGCCUGGUGGCCUACCGGCCCGAGGAGGACGCCAACCUGGACGUGGCCGAGCGCGCCAGGGAGAACAAAAGCUCGCUGAGCGUCGCCCUGGACAAGCUGCGAGCCCAGAAGUCCGACCCGGAGCCCCCCGGGCUGGUGGUGGAGGCGGCGCUGGGCAACACGGCCCGGGCGCUGGACCUGCUGCGCAGCCGCCCGGAGCAGGUGGACGCCAGGAACCAGGGCCGCACGGCGCUGCAGGUGGCGGCCUACCUGGGCCAGGUGGAGCUGGCGCGGCUGCUGCUGCAGGCGCGCGCGGGCGUGGACCUGCCGGACGAGGAGGGCAACACGGCCCUGCACUACGCGGCCCUGGGGAACCAGCCCGAGGCGCGGGUGCUGCUGCUGCGGGCCGGGUGCCGGGCCGACGCCCUCAACGGCGGCCGCAGCUCGGCGCUGCACGUGGCGGUGCAGAGGGGCUUCCUGGAGGUGGUGCGCGUCCUGUGCGAGGGCGGCUGCGACGUCAACCUGCCCGACGCGCACGCGGACACGCCCCUGCACUGCGCCAUCUCCGCGGGCCCCGGCGCCGGCCGCAUCGUGGAGGUCCUCACCGAGGCGCCCGGCGUGGACGUCGCGGCCACCAACCGCCAGGGCUUCACCCUGCUGCACCACGCGUCCCUCAAGGGCCACGCACUAGCCGUCCGGAGGAUCCUCGCGCGCGCGCGGCAGCUGGCGGACGCCCAGAAGGAGGACGGCUUCACGGCGCUGCACCUGGCGGCCCUCAACAACCACCAGGAGGUGGCCCAGAUCCUCAUCGGGGAGGGCCGCUGCGACGUGAACGCCAGGAACCGCAAGCUGCAGACGCCGCUGCACCUGGCCGUGCUGCAGGCCCACGUGGGGCUGGUGCCGCUGCUGGUGGACGCGGGCUGCAGCGUCAACGCGGAGGACGAGGAGGGGGACACGGCCCUGCACGUGGCGCUGCGGCAUCACCAGCGGCUGCCCCUGGUGGCUGAGGGGGCCGGGGGGGACCCGGGGCCCGUGCAGCUGCUGUCCAGGCUGCAGGCCGCGGCUCCCGGCGGCGCGGAGCUGACCGUGGGCGCGGCGGUCGCCUGCUUCCUCGCGCUGGAGGGCGCCGACGUGGGCUGCACCAGCCACCGCGGGCGGAGUCCGCUGGACCUGGCCGCCGAGGGCCGCGCGCUCAAGGCCCUGCAGGGCUGCGCCCAGCGCUUCCGGUGAGCCCCGGGGGGCGGGGGAGCGGCAGGGCGCGGCCCCCGCCCCCGGCUAGCGCGCGGCGCGCCCCCCGCCGAGACGACCCUGCGCGAGGCGGCGGCGUCGGGCCCGGAGGCGGCCGAGUGCCUGGUGUGCUCGGAGCCGGCGCCGCUGGUGCUCUUCGCGCCCUGCCAGCACCGCACGGUGUGCGAGGAGUGCGCGCGCCGGAUGAAGAAGUGCCUCAGGUGCCAGGCGGCCAUCGGCAAGAAGCUGCGCCCAGACGGCUCGGAGCUGAGCCCCGCGGCGCCCGCGCCCGGCCCGCCGCGCCAGCUGGUGGAGGAGCUGCAGAGCCGCUACCGGCAGAUGGAGGAGCGCAUCACCUGCCCGAUCUGCAUCGACAGCCACAUCCGCCUCGUGUUCCAGUGCGGCCACGGCGCGUGCGCGCCCUGCGGCGCCGCGCUCAGCGCCUGCCCCAUCUGCCGCCAGCCCGUGCGCGACCGCAUCCCGAUCUUCGUGUGAGCCGCGCCCGGCGCCCGGCGCGCGCGUUCCAUAAAGGCCU